AUGCGCCGGGCCUCCACUCCUCUCCGCUACCUCGUCAUCGGCCUCCCUCGGCCCGCCGCCCGCCCGCCCGCCUCCCUCGACCCGCCGCCCACGCGCCUCCCUCGACCCACCGUCGUGCGCCUCUUGAUCCGGCCCGCCGCCGAGCGCGCCUCCAGAUCUGCGGCAGUGGCCCUCUCCUUCCCUCCCCUCCGGCCCACGUCCUUCCUCUGCAGCAAACUCGACUUCAUUAGGGUUGCAAGCGCCAUGAAGCUCCAGCUGAAACCAGCCACGACUACCCCAGCCCCCGGGUCAUCGACCCGAGAAGAGUCUACAAGCACGGGGCCAAUCACGGCUGCUCCAGCCCUCGAGGCGUCAGCUCCCGAAGGGUCGACGCCCGUGGAGCCAGCCCCCAAGACACCACCUGAAGAAGCCGCCGGGACAUCAAAGGGUCCUGGUGAAAUACUGAAGGCCGGGCCCGGGUACAAGAAUGUCAUCAACACCGACCUGGUGGAUGACCCAAUGCUGACAGCCAACAACAUAAGGACCUUCAAGAAAGCUUACAAGGAACUGUAUGAUUUUGCCAUUGAUGUGAUCACUCACUCCCAGAAGAAAUCAGAAAAACUGAAGACAGUUGUGAGUGGUCACCAAGAACUUGCUGCCCUAGAUAAACGCAUAUCCGAAGAGCUUAUGAAGAAUGGCUUGCUGGAGAGGAAGCUCCAGAUGUUGGAGCACGAAAAGACUCGAGAGACAUGGCUCCUCAAGAAUGACCUGCGAAACCUCAAGAAAGCCAAUGCCGAGCUCCAACAGCAACUCGAGGAACAAAAGAAGGCACUCAAGGCUUAA